CUAGAAGUGAUCGCUUGAGUUCCCGCCAAACAGAAUUCGGCGCGUUUUCUAACAAUCUGAAAAACCCUCAUUUCCCGCGAGCUAAAAAGUCCCUUUGCCCACUAGCUCCACCCUCUCAAAUCUCAAACUCUCUCCAAACAGUCCAAUAGCUCUCUCUCUCUCCUUCCUUACGUCUAUCCGUCUCUCCGAUCCGGAUAAUCCCCCGAUCACCUCGCCCUUCUUCGUCGUUUCGGUAAUCAUAGAGGGAGAAGUUCGUAGAAGGUUCUAUUGCUCUUUGUUGCUAACGAAGCGUCUCCGGUGCGAUUGGCUGGAGCGAAUGAAAAAACAGCAGUGGUGCUCCUCGCAGUAGUAGAGUAAUCUGGGAAAGCAUCUUGUGCAUUUUAAUGAUCGUUUGUGUACUAAUGAGAAGAACCUGAGCUUUAUAUCUGAUGGAGUUGAGAAGUUGCAAUCAUUUGCACUUUAUCCAGGCUCUGAAAGGUGGUUUAGUGAUCAAGACUCUGAAUGUGGCUUGCGGACGACCAGUACUCAGAUUCAAGGAGUUGAAUGACAUACAUGAAAGAUUAGAUGCCAAAAAUGGUGAUUCGUUUCCAAGAUUUCCACCAAAAGAUGAGUUUAGGGGAUCACUCGUCAACAGUAACAAGGUCAUGGGUGAAAGUCCAAGCAGGCAGACUGUGCGAAAUAUAACAGUCAAAACUGAACCUGAAGCUUAUGAUAGCAGUGAUGGCAAUGCUGGGACAAAUAGUGAUUUGGAUGGUUUUGGUGAUAUGACACUGAAGCAGAUCAAAGAGACAUGCAAGAAAAAGAAAAGAAAACGUUCAACGUCUGUUGAUUUGAACAAAAUACUUGAAACUUGCUCACCUGUAAAGCAUGAGUGUUCUGAGUCACAAAAUGAUGAAGAGGAUGUUGAUCUCAUAGAGCCUCUGAGUAAGUGGAAGCACUCGAAGAAGGCAAGGGCCAGGACUAAGAGUAAGCUUAAGAGAAACAUUUCCUCUACUAUGUCUAAAAGGUCCACAUCGACUAUCACAUAUGAGCCGGAGUUAUUCCAAUUUGAUCGAGAUGUGAUUGCAUCUGGUCUCAACAUUAAAGUAAAGGUUCCUGAAACUGAGUUUUCAGAUAUCCAAAACACAAUUCCUUUUGCUGGUGGUACCUCUUUGUCUUGGGACAAUCAGGUGGGUUCUUGCGGAGUGGUGCCUGAUGAAUCUCCUGCGACAGCUGCUGAUUGUGUUUACGAGACUGAGUUGCCAAUUUCUGAAACUAAAGAAAGUCAGAUUUGUGUUGUUAAUGAAGUCUUCUAUGAAGAUUUGGAGUAUGCAGUGGGGCCUGAUGAAUCUCCUGCGACAGCUGCUGAUUGUGUUUCUGAGAUUGAGUUGCCAAUUUCCAGAACAAAAGAAAGUCAGAUUUGUGUUGUUAAUGAAGUCUUCUACGAAGGUUUGGACUAUGCAGUGAUGCCUGAUGAAUCUCCAGUGACAGCUGCUGAUUGUGUUUCCAAGGCCGAGUUGCCAAUUUCCGGAUUAAAAGAAUGUCAGAUUUGUGUUAUUAAUGAAGUCUUCUAUGGAGAUUUAGAGUAUGAAGUGGUGCCUGAUGAAUCUCCUGCGACAGGUGCUGAUUGUGUUUCUGAGACCGAGUUGCCAAUUUCCAAAGCAAAAGAAAGUCAGAUUUGUGUUGUUAAUGAAGUCUUCUAUGGAGAUUUGGAGUAUGAAGUGGUUCCUAAUGAAUCUCCUGCGGCAGCUGAUGAUUGUGUUUCUGAGACCGAGUUACCACUUUCCGAAGCAAAAGAAAGUCAGAUUUGUGUUGUUAAUGAGGUCUUCUAUGAAGAUUUGGAGUAUGCAGAUCCUACACCUAUUCAGAUUGUAACGACCUCAGAUUGGGAUAUUGUUGAGGCAGAUGAUCCAGAGUUCACCAGCUAUGACUGCUUGGAUUUGUCUCUAUUAGAAUAUAACAUAGAAGGAUGUAUCACGGAUUCAGUUCACCCUGACAACUUCAUUGAAGCAAUAUGUCCGGCGCAAGAUCUAAAUUUUGAUAUGCAUGACAAUAUUUCCUCUGAGGAUGAAAGGUUGUGUCAGGCUAACAGCGAGACCCAGGUUCGACUAUCUGAGGUGGUGGGUGAUUAUCUCUUCCAGUGCAUGGGACCUAUUAAUGGAAGUGAUUCAUGUCUGUCUGAGCCUGACAUGAAAGAUGAUUCACCUUUGAAUGUUGAAACCAGUGCUGGCCCUGCUAGUGAUUGUGACUCAGGCUCUGGUAGCGGUAUGGUUUCUGUUGCUGAUGAUUCUCCCAUGGCUGAGGAGGAGAAGCAAUCCCACAAGCCUGCCUGUGCUGGUGCAGAUAGAAACUUGUCUCUAGGAAUCUUUUCUUCUGAUGCUUCUGACGAGCUUACGACACUAGUGAGUGGUGGGAGUCCUAGUUUAAACCAGCAGCGUCCUCUUCAAAGGCUCUUUCCGACCAGAAAGGUCAUUUCACCAACUUCCCAAGAAAAACUGUGUAAGGCCAUGAAGUCAAUUGAGUUACACAGUGAAGAACUUCCCGGUUGUAAGGGGAAUCUACAUUUUGGAGAACAAACCGAGAGUACGAUUGGUGGAGUCCAAGGGCCUGAUCAGAUCAGGAGAGCCAAAUUCUCUAUCAAAGCGCAAAACAACCGUAAUCCAAAGAACGAGAAUAUUAAUUCCCACCCUAAUGGCAUCCCUAAACCUUCCAAUGUUUCUGCAGCACCACCUCGUUUUACCACGGGGUGUACUUCUAUCAGAACUUGUUCAGAGAGCGCCAUUGCAUUCUCACAACGCCAGAUGCAGGAUAUUGAAUCCCUUGCAACGAAGCUCACGAAUGAGUUACAGACCAUGAAGGAAAUUGCAGAAGAAAGGUUACUGCCUGAAGCCUACCAUGCUACACCCUUGAAAUAUAAUGCAAAUGAGGUGCGGAUGGCUAUUAAGAACGUAACGAGAGUUGAAGCAUCUGCGAAAAGAUUGCUUUCCAUGAUGACGAGGGACUGUAGCCGGUUUUGUAAAAUCAUGAAAAUGGCUGAUAACGGCGUCGAUGCUUCUGAAAACGUUGCAAACAAGGACAAGGAGAGGAAGAAAAUUGUGUUUGCUGAUGAAGCUGGGGGGAAGCUCUGCCAUGUCAAGUUUUUUGAGAAUGACGUGGCAACUUUUUUGGAUCAAGGGCGGGAUUGUUGAAUAUACAUUUACGAGUAAUGCUAGGAAAAUCACGUAUUUAUAAUCAUUUUACACAAGUAAUUCAGUAAAACCAUUAGGGGCAAAAACGACAAUAUCAAAUUUUCAAAUUUCCCCCUUGGUCCGAAGGGUCAGAAAA